AUGUCCACCACUGCCGCCGUCACAGCUACCCUUCAGCAAUAUGAGUUUGACGAAGAGACGGGGUUUAAUCGUCUUGCCGACUUCGAGGUUCCUUGCCUGCAUUGCGUCCUAGCGAUGCACUCUGUGCAAGCGAGACCACAAGACAUGCACUGCCGUAUGUAUCAUCAUCGAUGGUUCUGUGUACCUUCGCCCGACAAAAUGCAGAUCCCUCCCGAGCUGAAGGCUGUUGUGCAGACCUACUGGAACGCGCUUCAUGCAGAGUUCACCGCCGAUCGAUCGCGUCUUGAGAAGUGGCGCGUUAUACAGUGUGUUCUCGAGGCUGCGUCUGCUCUCCGAUCCCUCGUCGCUGCUCUCUCGAAUCCCUGCGGUACAACUCCUCGUAAUCGCACCGGCAUUGCUCCUGUUGUCCAAGCUCAGGAACUUGCUUCGAAUCAGGAGCUUCUUACUCUUUCCUACCGAGGUCAGGUUAAGAUCUCCGUUGCUUUGCUCGCCCCGAGAUCCAUAACACAAAACAUUUGCCGAACCGUCCCCGCCUACGUCGCCCAAUGUCCUGAGGCUGAUGCGUUUGUUGCAGUACUUGAACGCCUCCCUACUGCCUUCGAAAUGCCCCUGGAGGGAGAUAACAGUCGGAAGAGAGCCAAAUUCCCCUCAACCGAACUCCCUGACAAGUUCAUUGACGAUAUGGAUCGCCUCGUCGCCGAAGGUGGCUCGGCUGCUCGCAAUGCAUGGCCUGGCCCAACCUGCAAAUCCCGGCACUUGAAAGAUCUGAGCAGCCUCAAAUCUGAUGGUCCUGGCCCCAGCGACGAGGAAGAUAGUGGGGGACUGCAGGUUCUCGGGGGCUUUAGUGUAUUGUAG